CAUCGUAUUAUACUUACUAUUUCAUUAUCCAUUGUUCGAAUAUUUACACUUGCUGAUGUCGCUUGUAGUUGGAAAAUUCGAACUACAAUUUCAUGUCGCUAGCGCCGGCAUGACGUCAUCAUAUCGCAGAAAAUGAGCGAUGAGCGAUGUGCGUGAAAAGGUACCUUUAGAAUCAAUCGAAAAUCUGGAUGCACAAUGCAUCUACAUAUUCAUGCACAUCAUGACUGUCGACUAUUCCGAAAAAGUGACAACGUUGUCUAGAUGCAGCUUUGAUGUUGACAGUUCAUGCUAUGUAAGACUGAUUAUUUCUUUAAAGUAAGAGAAGUGUCACAUGAAAAUGUUUUUGUGAAAGCUAAAAGUGAUUAGAAAUAAUUUUCAAGAUAAAUUAAGGAGAAUUGUGUCCUGAAUUGAAGUACUGAUAUACAUACAUGUAUACAUAUUGAGUUAAAGUGACAGUGGCGAAGUAGGUAAGGUGAACAACCCAAGAAGCAGAGGUCUUAAGUUUGAAUCCCAGCAUGAUUGGCAAUUGAAAUUUGGCGUACACUUGGUCAUUACAAACUUUUUUAAGCUGACUGAUGACAGUGACCAAAAUGUUUUCGUUACUGUACAUGAGCAUUUUAUUGAUUGGAUGCAAUGCAAAUGUCGCAAUCCCUCAAUGCAGAGAUGAAAGGAAUCAACCUGUUGAUUGGUAUGUACUUUAUAAAUUACCGAAAGUGCCUGAAAGCAGUAUUUCUAUAAUUAGAGAUGGAUUAGCUUAUUUGUACAUAACCAAUAACACCGUUGAUAAGGGUUGGCAAUUAUCUUCAAAACAAAUCAGUGCAAAGAAUUCUAUUCCAGGAAAUACAUUAGCACUGUUAUAUAACGACUAUAAAGCAGCAAACAUUUUCUGGGUGUUAUAUAACGACAAUCCGCCUAACAAACCCAUUAAUGGAAAAUAUGGCCACGCGAAAGGCAUCGUAAUGGUGAACCAGUGGUUAGGUUUUUGGCUAAUACAUAGUGUGCCAAAUUAUCCUCCCACACCCAACUGCGGCGAAGAUACAAAACUGGGAAAAAUAUAUGUGGAUUCAACUACGACUCUAGGAAAUAAGUCCGAGUACGAUUAUCCAUCAUCUGGUAAAAAUUAUGGACAAAGUUUCUUAUGUAUCUCCGUGGACUUUGAUCAGUUUGAUCUGAUUGGUAGACAGCUAAUGUACAAUCAAAUAACAGUGUUCAGAAGAAAUGUUCCCGAUGAGUACGACAGAUUAUUUCCAACACUCGCAGAUGCAGCUAGAGAGAAGAAGAUAAAACAUCCACCUUUCUCUAGUAAAAUAAUGUUAAAAUCAUCUGGUUACAUGCAAUUCUGGUCGUUCGCUAAAAGCGAUAAAUGGCAAAAAGAAUUAUAUGAUGAUUUUGUUGCACCGACACUAAAUUCCGAUUUAUUUGCGGAAACGUGGUUGAAUGGCCGGGGUAGACUGCCAUCGGAUUGCAUGGGUGAAAAAGUGUACAACGUUUUAUCCAUCAAUUUGGAUAAAUUUGACAUCGAUUUUAAAAGUAGCCACGAUCACUCUAAGUGGGCAGUAGCUGUCGAAGAUAAAAUUAACCGGACAUGGGUUUGCAUCGGUGACAUUAAUCGUGCGGAUACCCAGUACAUACGAGGUGGUGGAACUGUAUGUUUCAGUAUGCGGAAAGUCUGGGAAAGUUACCGGUAUGCGGUAAAUGACAUAGAACCUUGUCCCAAAUAAUAUAAUACAGUUUUAAUUUAGCGAGCUCGUUUCAAUAACAGCUACAGAAAAUUUAUGAACCUAUAAAGUGACAAUAAUUAUUUUAUUGGAAUUAUUAUACCACUGUCUUGUCCGUAUGUAUAUGUUAUAUGUAUAAUUAUUUAACAUAAGCACGAAAGUUGCGGAUACAAGAUAUUUU